ACAACAUCGAAAUACUUGGAAAACGCCCCUUUACCGACCUCCGACUUCCCCUUACCACUGCCAAGAAUGUCGUCCUUCAGCUCCUCCAACAAACACACUACUGCUAACAGGAUCGCCCUCAGCUCAAAGAUCAGUAGCGCCGGUGAAGGAAACAAUGCAUAUGACGCUCUUGAAUACCUGACCGGAUCACUUGGAGGCACCGGAUCCAGCAGCAGUCCGACAGUGUACCCUCAGCAAUAGUCAUGAUUUUAUCUUUUAUUCAAUUGCGCAUGGAUUCGAAG